GUUUAGAUAUUAAGGUGAAAGUGGGUGAAGUACUAAGAGGGCAGUCCUCAUUCGCACAAGAUGUUUUGAUUUCAAGGCUCCUGAGAAGUUAUGGAAUUUUCAGUAGUUCCUUUUAACAUUCCACUUAUUCCCUGCAUUGAUUUAAAGCUUUAACAUUUUUUAUUUUAAAGUAAAUAGUGUUACCGAAGCUUGAGCUGUGAUUCCCAAGUCUGUUUUUCAGGAUAAGAAUGCGCCUCACGGAGGUUGCGGUGAGCCGAGAUCGCAUCAUUGCACUCCAGCCUGGGCAACAAGAGCGAAACUCCAGUCUCCAAAAAAAAAAAAAAAAAAAAGUGAGGCCUCGAACUUUGGUGUACGUUAGACAAGUUAAACCAAGGCCAUCUCCGCCCUGUUUCGCGGGAUGUCUUCUCUCCUUUCGCAGUUGUUCCACUUCCAGGGCUUGACUGAAGGUAGGCUACGGGGUGACUGCCUAGCCUAGAAGGCCACCAACAGCAUUAUUUCCCUCGCAGUCUCCAGAGACACUUGUUCUCACUGUGACCUUUCGCUCACCAGGCAGGCAGUGCGGCAUCUGCAGAGGGCCGGAACCGGCACUGCGCGCUGGACGCAAGCAACAGGCACGACGGGCGCGCCACCACGGGGAGAGUCUCAAGCCACAGCAGUGGGCGGCGCACAAAUCCUCUCCUUUCUUUAACCCUUCUUCACAUUGAGUCCCACCCUCGCCGGAAGCCGAGCGGUGUCUACACAUGUCACUUCCGGUGCGGCCCGCCGUCCCCUGGCGGGAGCGAGCACGCCAGUGCGCGGCAACUUUGUUCCCGCCUCUCUUGCCCCGGCCACCUCUCAUCUUCGGCUUUCUCUGAGCGUGACGUCCGGGCGCGCUCCCGGUCGUACGUCAGGGCUGAGGGGGAAAAGCCCAAAGAGCUAGGCGAGGAGGAGGGUUUGUGGAGGUUAGGGCCCAACCAGCAAGUCCCGUGGCUCUCCCUCCUCCUGACGAGGAGCGGAGAGGGAAGGGGAGGAGCGAGCCGGGCCGGCCGCGCACAUCAGGAGCCUCCUCGUGGAGGGGGGGAGCGGAGGAAAAGGGUAGCUCCGCCACCUCUGCUCGCGGCUGUGGCGGCGAAAGAAGAAAGUCAGGGCCCAUACUCACCGCCACAGACUCAGAAACGCCCCCGCCCCCAUCUCCCCGGAAAUAGCCCCCCGCCCAGCCCAGCACACUCGCUGCCCCAACCGAGAGCCGCAGCCCGGUCGCCCCCGCCUCGCCCCGCCCCGCUGCCCAACCCCGCGGGCCGCAGAGUGCGCGAGGCUCUAGGCUGGGAGUUGUUGUCAGGCCCAGGCCACUUCCGAGGCGCCUGCGGUGUGUCGCCGCCACCACAGGAGGACGACGUCGACGCCGAAGAGGGAGGCGGGGGAGGCGUGUUGUUGUCUCGCCCACUCCCCUCCCCUGAACUCGCACCCUACGUCAGGGCGCGAUGGAGUGAAGCGGCGACGAAGGUGGUACUUCCGCGUUGCGCUGCCCGAGCCGAGAGCGCGGCCGAGGCCGCUCCCCCACCCCCGGGGGCACUUGGAGGACUCGGGACUCCCCCGCAGGUCAGCGCCCGGCGCAUCUGGUGUUUUCGCUGCCGAGGUAUAGGACGACGAGCGCGAUCGGGAGCUCCGCCGCCCGGAUUCUUGCUUCUCUGAGGCCCGGAGGCCGCUGCGUACCCCACUGUGACCUGGAACCCAGGGACCCGAGUCCCGACCCGGAUUAUCGUGGCGCGUCUCCCGGCCGGUCCUGGUGCUCGGUGUCCCUCCGCCACCGCUCCCGUUUCCGGCGGGGGAGAUGGCCAGGAUCUGACCUGGGAGGAGGCCGCACCCGCGCCGCGCUCUGCGGCUGGCUCUAGGCGAUGCCGAGCAGCUCGGACACGGCGCUGGGGGGAGGCGGGGGCCUGAGUUGGGCUGAGAAGAAGUUGGAGGAACGCCGCAAGCGGAGGCGAUUCCUGUCCCCUCAGCAGCCGCCGCUGCUGUUGCCGCUCCUGCAGCCGCAGCUCCUGCAACCGCCGCCGCCCCCGCCGCCUCUGCUCUUCCUGGCUGCUCCCGGCACGGCCGCCGCCGCAGCCGCCGCCGCCGCGGCCUCCUCCUCUUGCUUCAGCCCGGGCCCCCCUCUGGAGGUCAAGCGGCUGGCGAGAGGCAAGAGGCGCGCAGGAGGGCGGCAGAAGCGGCGCCGCGGGCCCCGCGCCGGGCAGGAGGCGGAGAAGCGUCGGGUCUUCUCGCUGCCCCAGCCGCAGCAGGACGGCGGUGGCGGUGCUAGUAGCGGCGGGGGUGUGACCCCGCUGGUGGAAUACGAGGAUGUGAGCUCCCAGUCCGAGCAGGGGCUGCUGCUGGGGGGGGCCAGCGCGGCAACGGCGGCGACGGCUGCCGGGGGAACGGGGGGCAGCGGCGGGAGUCCGGCCUCCUCCUCCGGCACCCAGCGGCGCGGGGAGGGGUCGGAGCGCAGGCCCCGCCGGGACCGCCGCAGCAGCAGUGGCCGCAGCAAGGAGCGCCACCGCGAGCACCGGCGGCGAGAUGGACAGCGCGGUGGCAGCGAGGCCUCCAAGUCCCGCAGCCGCCACAGCCACAGCGGCGAGGAGCGGGCGGAGGCCGCCAAGAGCGGCAGCAGCAGCAGCAGCGGUGGCCGCCGGAAAAGCGCCUCGGCCACGUCCAGCAGCAGUAGUAGCCGCAAGGACCGGGACUCGAAGGCCCAUCGCAGCCGGACUAAGACGUCCAAGGAGCCGCCUUCGGCCUAUAAGGAACCGCCCAAGGCCUACCGAGAGGACAAGACCGAGCCCAAGGCCUACAGGCGGCGGCGGUCCCUCAGCCCGCUGGGAGGCCGGGACGAUAGCCCGGUGUCCCACAGGGCUUCUCAGAGCCUGAGGAGCCGCAAGUCCCCCAGCCCGGCAGGAGGUGGCAGCAGCCCCUAUUCUCGGCGGCUGCCGCGCUCCCCGAGCCCCUACAGCCGCCGCCGCUCCCCCAGCUACAGCCGCCACAGCUCCUACGAGCGGGGCGGCGACGUGUCCCCUAGUCCCUACAGCAGCAGCAGCUGGCGCCGUUCUCGCAGUCCCUACAGCCCUGUGCUCAGACGGUCUGGCAAAUCCCGAAGCAGAAGCCCAUAUUCAUCUAGGCAUUCAAGAUCUCGUAGCAGGCACAGAUUGUCUAGAUCCAGAAGUCGUCAUUCUAGUAUUUCUCCUAGCACACUAACUCUGAAGAGUAGCCUGGCAGCUGAAUUGAACAAGAAUAAAAAAGCACGAGCGGCAGAGGCAGCAAGAGCCGCAGAAGCAGCGAAAGCUGCAGAAGCAACUAAGGCUGCUGAGGCUGCUGCCAAAGCUGCAAAAGCUUCAAACACUUCUACACCUACCAAGGGGAACACAGAAACUAGUGCCAGUGCAUCACAAACCAACCAUGUGAAGGAUGUGAAGAAAAUUAAAAUUGAACAUGCACCUUCUCCCUCAAGUGGUGGAACUUUAAAAAAUGACAAAGCAAAAACAAAGCCACCUCUUCAGGUAACGAAGGUGGAAAAUAAUUUGAUUGUAGAUAAAGCCGCCAAGAAAGCAGUCAUAGUUGGAAAGGAGAGUAAAUCUGCUGCUACAAAGGAGGAACCAGUAUCUCUUAAAGAGAAAACCAAACCACUUACACCGAGCAUAGGAGCCAAGGAGAAGGAGCAACAUGUAGCUUUAGUGACCUCUACAUUACCACCGUUACCUUUGCCUCCCAUGCUGCCUGAAGAUAAAGAAGCUGAUAGCUUACGAGGAAAUAUUUCAGUAAAAGCAGUUAAGAAAGAAGUAGAAAAGAAACUCCGAUGUCUUCUUGCUGAUUUACCGCUGCCCCCUGAGCUACCAGGAGGAGAUGAUCUCUCAAAGAGUCCAGAGGAAAAGAAAACAGCAACACAAUUACAUAGUAAAAGGAGGCCUAAAAUAUGUGGGCCUCGCUAUGGUGAAAUCAAAGAAAAAGAUAUUGACUGGGGAAAACGCUGCGUGGAUAAAUUUGAUAUCAUCGGAAUUAUUGGAGAAGGUACUUACGGACAAGUUUACAAAGCCAGGGAUAAAGACACUGGAGAAAUGGUAGCCUUAAAAAAAGUACGUCUGGAUAACGAAAAGGAAGGCUUUCCAAUUACAGCAAUUCGAGAAAUUAAAAUUCUCCGGCAGCUUACCCAUCAGAGUAUUAUCAAUAUGAAGGAAAUAGUGACUGAUAAAGAAGAUGCUUUGGAUUUCAAGAAGGACAAAGGUGCAUUUUAUCUGGUGUUUGAAUAUAUGGACCAUGAUCUGAUGGGACUACUGGAAUCAGGCUUGGUUCAUUUUAAUGAAAAUCACAUAAAGUCAUUUAUGAGACAGCUCAUGGAGGGUCUGGAUUAUUGUCAUAAGAAGAACUUUUUGCAUAGAGAUAUUAAAUGUUCCAAUAUCCUUCUAAAUAAUAGAGGGCAGAUAAAACUUGCAGAUUUUGGACUUGCUCGAUUGUAUAGCUCAGAAGAAAGUCGGCCGUAUACUAACAAGGUAAUUACUUUAUGGUACCGUCCACCUGAACUGCUGCUGGGAGAAGAACGAUACACACCAGCCAUUGAUGUAUGGAGCUGUGGCUGUAUCCUUGGCGAACUCUUCACUAAAAAACCUAUAUUUCAAGCAAAUCAGGAACUUGCACAACUAGAAUUAAUAAGCCGAAUAUGUGGGAGUCCAUGUCCUGCAGUGUGGCCUGAUGUAAUCAAACUACCAUAUUUCAACACCAUGAAACCAAAGAAGCAAUAUCGUCGAAAGUUAAGAGAAGAAUUUGUUUUUAUUCCUGCAGCUGCGCUAGACUUAUUUGAUUACAUGCUCGCCUUGGAUCCUAGUAAGCGCUGCACUGCUGAACAGGCUCUUCAGUGCGAGUUCCUCCGAGAUGUGGAACCCUCAAAAAUGCCUCCACCAGAUCUUCCUUUAUGGCAAGAUUGUCAUGAGUUAUGGAGUAAAAAGCGAAGAAGACAGAAGCAGAUGGGCAUGACUGAUGAUGUUUCCACAAUUAAAGCCCCUAGGAAGGAUUUGUCUCUGGGCUUGGAUGACAGCAGAACCAACACACCCCAGGGUGUGCUGCCAUCUUCACAGCUGAAAUCUCAGGGCAACUCAAAUGUGGCACCGGGUGAAAAACAGACAGAUCCAUCAACACCACAACAGGAGUCUUCAAAACCGUUGGGAGGAAUUCAGCCUUCUCAGACCAUCCAGCCUAAAGUGGAGACUGAUGCUGCCCAGGCGGCUGUGCAGAGUGCAUUUGCAGUUCUGUUGACUCAGUUAAUAAAGGCUCAGCAGUCAAAGCAGAAAGAUGUGCUACUAGAAGAGAGGGAAAAUGGAUCGGGACAUGAAGCAUCAUUACAACUCAGGCCACCUCCAGAACCUAGCACUCCGGUGUCGGGACAAGAUGACCCCAUCCAGCAUCAAGAUAUGAGGAUCUUGGAGCUAACACCAGAACCAGACCGGCCUCGAAUUCUGCCUCCUGACCAACGACCUCCUGAGCCUCCUGAACCACCACCAGUCACGGAGGAAGAUCUAGAUUAUCGGACAGAAAACCAGCAUGUACCCACCACCAGUUCUUCAUUAACUGAUCCUCAUGCCGGAGUGAAGGCAGCUCUGUUACAGCUGCUUGCUCAGCAUCAGCCCCAGGAUGACCCCAAAAGAGAAGGUGGGAUUGAUUAUCAAGCAGGAGACACUUACGUGUCCACUUCAGACUACAAGGACAACUUUGGAUCGUCUUCUUUCUCUUCUGCUCCUUAUGUUAGCAAUGAUGGUCUAGGAAGCAGUUCUGCUCCACCACUAGAACGACGUAGUUUCAUUGGAAAUUCAGAUAUUCAGUCUUUGGAUAACUACAGUACUGCUUCAUCUCAUUCUGGUGGUCCACCUCAGCCUUCUGCCUUUUCUGAGUCGUUUCCCAGUUCAGUAGCUGGUUUUGGAGACAUUUACCUCAAUGCUGGUCCCAUGUUGUUUAGUGGAGACAAGGACCAUAGAUUUGAAUAUAGCCAUGGUCCUAUUGCAGUCCUGGCAAACAGCAGUGACCCUUCCACGGGGCCAGAGAGUACUCAUCCUUUGCCAGCAAAGAUGCACAACUAUAACUAUGGUGGUAACUUACAGGAAAACCCAAGUGGCCCCAGCCUCAUGCAUGGACAGACCUGGACUUCUCCUGCCCAAGGACCUGGAUAUUCACAAGGAUACAGGGGACAUAUUAGCACAUCAACUGGCAGAGGCAGAGGCAGAGGGUUACCAUACUGAGUAUCUGUUUUUCCUCAGGCACAUCAUUUUUAUCUGGAAAGACUUUUCUAGCUGCAAUUUAAGGCAGCAAUCCAAGAGACUUGAAUAAUAAUAAUUCAACAACAGCUUUAUUUUUAUGUGGAGAAGGGUCUUGCAUACAAUAGUUUAAAAAGACAAAAAAAAAAAAAAACCUUUGCUUAAAUUCAUGCUGUUCUAAAAACUAGAUCUGUCGAUUGUACAUCUUCACAAAUUCUAGUUAACAAUUUUAUUUUGUAUUCUUGCAGUUUUAAGUGGAUGCUAAUUUUAGGGACAUAAGCCUUUUAUGGCCCUCUUGCAGAUCUUCUGAACUAUGCACAUUUGUGCUUUUUUUGUAAGUUUGGACCAACUUUUAUGUAACAAACAGCCCCUCCCCACCUCCAGUUUUACAACAAUCAGAAAGGGCACUGAUUUAUUUGGUAUUUUUCUUUUUACAAAGCUACCUUUAGUCAAAGGUCACUGUCAGUCUUUGCACCUGCUUUCAGUGUUAUUGUGAAAGGUGUACUUUGUGCUCAUUUCAGAAAAUAAAACACAACCUUUCUCUUGAUGCAACAGUUUUAUAAGAAAAAAAUGGUCAACGUUAUUUUUGUUUUGUUUUGCAGAUUAUCAUAGCCUAGCAAAAUGCAUUUAAAUGAAAUAGUGGGUUUUAUAUGAAAACUAUGGGUGGGGCGGGGAGGGAAAGUAAGUGCCUUAACAGGUAAGCUUAAGGUCUGAAAAAAAAUAGUUAACUUUUACCCCCAUUUGUCUUUUAAAGGGAAUCAAUGCAUUAAAAAGGCAGGAAGCUCUCAAGUUUUCAGGGGCUGCCUGUUCAGUUCCGGUUAGGUCCAUUCCCUCUGCGUGUCACACUUUCUCCUUUUCUGCCUGUCUUUGGGCUGUGUUACCUUUCACUACUACCUUCUCUUGAUAGGAGAGUGAGAGCGAAGAAAGGGAGAACUGCAAUCAGUACCUUUUGUUUGAUAAGUUCUAAAAAGUUUUGUCAUUUAAAUGGUUGAAAGUAAUAGCUCCAGGAGAAUUUUAGAGUACCAUUUUCUUUCAGGCUGCCAUAUUAUCCCUGUUUCCAGUUGCCAUGGAUAAUUGGAGGGCCAUAGUAUAGAAGCAAGAGUUAAUAACAGAACCUGCAUAAAUGUGUUAAAGUUCAUGGGGGAGGGGUGGCAAAUACCAUAUUUUAAGUUAUGCAAUUGCCAUUUUAAGAAAGUCAAUUCUAUUCACUUGUUAACUAGAAACAUUGCCUAGAUUGAGUUUAUUGAAGCAAAAAGAAAACGCAAUGAGAACUUUUAUCUUCCUUCCUGUCACCUUCUAUAUAGUUGAUUAUGACUUCUGCCAGACUUAGAGCAACAACUUUAGUUCAUUUCAACAUUUUUUUUUUUGUUUUUAUGAAGAGCAUCAAAGAAUGGAGUAGUCCUUAUUUAAACUGUAAUGGUGUCAAGUCUCACUGUGUGCACACUCUCACACAUAUACACACAAUUAUUAUUCUAGAAAGGAACCAAAGGUAAAUAACCAGUGUUUCCAUUAUCACUAAAUGGAAAAAUUGACUGGAAGUUAGAGUUGUGCCAAUUAAUCAUUUUGUUCAUUAACUGUUCUGGUAACUUAUUUUUUUUUUAUUGGAAUCUUAAAUUGGAACAACUGUUACAGAAUGUAUAUUGCUCCAGUUCUAAAGCCAGUUAACCCUGUGCCCUCUAACUUACGAACCUUCAUUUCAAAACAGUAUGUGGGAAGCCCUGUAGUUUGAUAACAGUAAAAUUAUUUUAAAGAGGAUAAUUUACCAUUUUACUACUAUAAAACAGUUGAUAUCAGUUGACCAUUUUAUUUUUUGAUGGACUCUUUGUUGUUGGGAGAAAGAAAUGAAUGGAAGAAAAAAUAUUUUGCUUUUAUUUGAAUAUUGAUUACUAACAACUUAUAAACUACAUUGCAGGAAAUGAAGAAAUAUUUUGAAAUUAGCAAAAUAGCAACAGUAUUCAAGUAUCUGAAAUUUUAAUAUGGUGAGUCUUAGAGCUUUAGACUUUCCUAUAAGUGACAGUAUCUAAGUUAUUCUUAAUAGUCACACUUGAUAAUUCUGCUGACCAUAAGCAGCUAACCUACAAUUGAAGAUAUUUAUGUGACAUGAAUAGCCUGUGUUUUAAAAAUUAAAUAUUUUAUAUAAAAU